AUGUCGGGCGCGUCCGAUGCCUUGAAGAGGCUCCUCCUACUCUCGAAGACCACCCAAAGUCUCAUCUCCCACUUCGACUCCGGAUUAUCAACCCUCCUCUCCGCUCCCACGACUACCCAUACUUCGGCAUCUUCCUUAAUUCAGUCGACAUCGGCUACCUCGUCUACUCCCCCCGACCCCACCGCGACCCUCGAAGCGCUCUGUGCUCUCGCCUCCCAUCUCAAGUCCCGUACCAGCACCUUAAUCCUCCUCCUCCUCCAAACCGCCCCCAAAGAUUAUGGCUCCGCCAGCACGCUCCGAGCGAUCACGCCGCUCCUGUCCGAGAUUGGUGGGAAAAUUGUGCCUACACUCGUGGCGACGGUGACGACGCUGGCCAACCGCGAGACGAACACCGAGUGGCCCGCCGUCGUGAAGAAGGAAGUCGUGGCCGACGUUGCGCAGAUAAUCGCGGCGGUGGCGGCGUUGGUGGGGGAGGUUGGGGUGGCGGGGCAAGGACUGAGGGAUGCGAUGGAUGGAGGGAUAGCGGCAGUCAGCGAGGCGAAGACGAUGAAGGAGACGAAAUAUGGGCAGGCAUUGUUGGCUGGGGCAGGGCGGGUGUGGGGAGGCGUGGAUGUGGUGGUGGCAUUGAAGGAUAAAGAUGGGCUAGCGAGGAUGAUUGCGGGGUGGAUUGAAGAGCGGAGGGAGGUGGUUGCUGAUGGGGUGAGCGAGUUGAAUGGUCUGGGGACCCCGAAGGAAGAAGGCGACGAGGAUUUUGGGGACGAAGAAGAUGAGCUAGGAGACUUCGGCGGGGAGAUAGAGGAGGAUAUGAGAGAGAUCUACGAUUCGACCAUGGCGAAGCUUGGGACAUUGGAUGAGCUCUUCGUCCAGUUGACAAAGAAGGUGGAGGGAAGAAACAUAUCGGAGAUGGCCAUGGUUAAUGGUCGACAUCCGGUUGACCAGCUCCUCGACGCAGCAAAACAGAUACAAGAGGCGGUGGACGACGUUGCCGCUGGAUUUUACGAUGGAGACGAGGAUGGGGUCAACGUCCCAAUGACCACGAUUCGAAAUCAAGUCCAGAUCAUUCAUCGAGUGCUCGACGCUAUGGCUCACAGUAGCCAAGAAAAAGCCAAUGGCACGACGAACGGAACCGAAGAUAAGACGACAGAUCUGAUCAGAUUGUUCGAAAAGCUUUUGGAAGAUCUAACGCGAUGCUCUCGACUGGUCGACCGGCUCGAAUCAAACACCCUCCAUCCUCCCAUCAAGACACCGUUAACCGCCUCAAUCGAUACAGAAAUGGUACAGUUCCGCUUUCUCGCUGUUCAACUCAAAGCCACGCUUCCGUCGCGAAGCAAUCCAUAUCUAUACUACUGCCCGGUUUCCGUAUAUUUACAGGAAUGCAGCAGCGAUGCCGGCAGCAACUGCACCAGCUCCAAUCAACUUUCCCGGCACUGCAGCACCAGUGCCCGUGGGUGCCGUAGCAGACUGAGUGGCCUGCGAUACUACGGACGCGGCGGCCGAUGUAACGACGUCGACCACGGACGAAUCAGCGCCCGCUACACCGGCUUGUUUGCAGAUGUCUAUGGUAGCGGGCUCGACCUCUGA